CCUCUCUGUCUCCGAUUGGCCGGUUCCUCCCAGUAUAACUACCGCUCUCGCGACCCCGACUUCCUCUUUCUUCCACGCGUCCCUAUCGUAAGAUUUACGACCUUGUCUUUAAACCGGCUGUCCAGCGGUCCUUGGAAGCACAGUCAAGAUGCCCAGGGAAGACAGGGCCACGUGGAAGUCCAACUACUUCAUGAAAAUCAUCCAACUCCUGGAUGACUACCCCAAGUGCUUCAUUGUUGGAGCUGACAAUGUGGGCUCCAAGCAGAUGCAGACCAUCCGUCUGUCCCUGCGUGGCAAGGCCGUGGUGUUGAUGGGCAAAAACACCAUGAUGCGCAAAGCCAUCCGUGGCCACCUGGAGAACAACCCUGCCCUGGAGAAGCUGCUGCCCCACAUCCGUGGGAAUGUGGGUUUCGUCUUCACCAAGGAGGAUCUGACUGAGAUCAGAGACAUGCUGCUGGCCAACAAGGUGCCAGCUGCUGCUCGUGCCGGUGCCAUCGCCCCUUGCGAUGUCAUCGUGCCAGCACAAAACACUGGUCUGGGACCUGAGAAGACCUCCUUCUUCCAGGCUUUGGGAAUCACCACCAAGAUCUCUAGAGGAACCAUUGAAAUCUUGAGCGAUGUGCAGCUCAUCAAGACUGGAGACAAGGUGGGAGCCAGCGAGGCCACGCUGCUCAACAUGCUGAACAUCUCGCCUUUCUCCUACGGGCUCAUCAUCCAGCAGGUGUACGACAACGGCAGUGUGUACAGCCCUGAGGUGCUGGACAUCACUGAGGAGGCCCUGCACAAAAGGUUCCUGGAGGGUGUGAGGAACAUUGCCAGUGUGUGCCUGGAGAUCGGCUACCCCACACUCGCGUCCAUACCUCACUCCAUCAUCAACGGCUACAAGAGGGUCCUUGCUGUUGCCGUGGAGACAGAUUACACCUUCCCCUUGGCUGAGAAGGUCAAGGCCUAUUUGGCUGACCCAUCUGCCUUUGCUGCAGCCGCUCCUGCGGCUGCUGCUGCAGAAACUGCAGCUGCACCUGCUGCUGCCGCCGCCGCCGAGAAAGAGACGAAGGAGGAGUCUGAGGAAUCGGACGAAGACAUGGGCUUUGGUCUGUUCGAUUAGGGUGGUUGAAACAGCUUUACUGCUAAACCAGAGCUCAAUAAAGAACUUACGACUCUGUA